AGAAAAAUGGAUAAAAUUAAUUCCAUGCUGCUGAGUUACUAUAGUCGAGAUUAUAUCAUCCGAACUUGCCAGUAUGGUUCGAAGCUCAUUGCAGCCUUAUUACAUAAUAAGGAUUUUCAAAAUCGCUUUUUGACUUUUUCCGCUGCAUUGAGCAAUUCCAGAGCUAUUUACCGACUUUUCGACGAUGUGAUCAUAUUGAAAUUUACGAUAAGAUUCUUGCAGAGCCAGGAUACAGACCAAUUAUCCCGCCUCCUAGGCCUGAUUAAAACUGCUGCAGAUCAGUUAUACUUUCCUGUUGAGCACUUGGCAUGGGGUGCUGGCAAUAAUCUCUUUAAGUUCGCGGAGUCAGCAUAUUGGUGGGCAUUCGGUAUAAGGCUCUGGGCUUGCUCGCUAAUGAUGAAUUUUCUUCGUGGAUUA